AUGAGCAUUGCUCAUAGCACAUGGCCUGUAGUGUUAGUUAAUUACAAUUUGCCUCCAUGGAUGUCAAUGAAACCAGAAUACUUUAUGUUAUGCUUAUUGAUUCCUGGACCAGAAUCACCUGGUAAUAAUAUUGAUGUUUACUUGCAACCUUUGAUUGAGGAGCUAAAAGAUUUGUGGCUUGAUGGGUUGGAGACAUAUGAUAAAUGUAAAGAUGAGACCUUCAAAAUGCAUGAUGCCUUAACAUGGACCAUCAAUGAUUUUCCUGGAUAUUCAAUGUUGUCAGGGUGGAAAACAAAAGGAAAAUUUGCAUGUCCAUGUUGUAAUCAUGAAACUAGUUCACUGUACUUGAAACACAGUCGGAAGACAUGCUAUAUUGAUCAUCGCAGAUUUUUAGAUGCUCAACACCCAUGGAGACGUAAUAAGAGCGAUUUCAAUGGUGAAGUUGAGGAGAGACUCUCUCCAAAAUAUCUAUCAGGCACUGAGGAUUUUGCAGAGUUAUCCGAUUUUCAUAAUACUUUUGGAAAGAUACAAAAGAAAAAAAAUGAUAGCACUUGCCCAUGGAAGAAAAGGUCAAUAUUUUUUGAAUUGCCAUAUUGGAAAUUUAAUAAAUGUCAACAUAAUCUUGAUCCGAUGCACAUAGAAAAUAACUUCUUUAGCAACUUAAUAGGUACUUUGUUGGAUAUUAUUGGGAAAUCAAAGGAUCAUGCAAAAGCUCGAUUUGACCUUUUAGAUUUGGGCAUCAAAGAAAAGCUUCAACCAAAACUUUCUAAUGAUGGAAAGCAUGUUAUCUUGCUGAAAUCAUGCUUUUAUAUGUCUUUAAAAGAGAAAGACAUUUUUUGUAAAGUUUUGAAAAAUGCAAAAUUACCUUAUGGGUGUGCAUCAAAUAUUUCAAGGUGUGUACGUUCUUCAGAAAGGAAAGUUGCAGGUUACAAGAGUCAUGAUGCUCACAUCGUCUUGCAUUACUUGCUUCAAGUUGCAGUUAGAAAGUCAUUACCCAAGCAUGUUGCAAUGCCUUUGAUUAGAUUGAGUGCUUUUUUUAGAGGUUUGUGCAGCAAGGUAAUUAAGCCUCAAGAUCUUGAUCGAUUACAGUUAGAAAUAACUGAAACAUUGUGUGAACUUGAGAAAAUAUUCUUGCCAAAUUUUUUUGACAUAAUGGUGCACUUACCUGUUCAUUUAGUAAAUGAAGUUAGGCUUGGAGGACCCGUGCAUUAUAGAUGGAUGUAUUUUAUGGAAAGAUACUUGUGUAAGUUGAAGUCAUAUGUACGAAACAAGAGUCGACCAGAAGGAUCCAUAGCAGAAGGGUAUUUGAUUGAAGAAUGUUUGACGUUUUGCUCGUGCUAUAUGCAUAAAGGAGUAAAGACAAGAGUUAACAAGGGUGGAGAAGAUGUUGAUGAUUUUGAUGGUGAAAAUGGAAUUGGUAAACCGGUAUUUGUGAAUGUAGGUCAUUCUUUGGGAGGUAAAAAACGAAGAAAGGGCAAGCUUUUCACUUUAGAAUCUAUUUUAAGUGAACAAGCCAAUCGUUAUGCCUUAUUCAAUUCAGAUUGUGAAGAGGUUAACGAGUAUAUCAAUGAACACCAAGUAUAUAUUGAUAGCCAACCACGAAAAAGUAGAUGGACACGAGCACGAAAUCAUAGUCAUCAGUUUGCCAAUUGGUUAAAAGAUAAAGCAAUAAAUAAUGACGUUCCAGAUCAUAUAUUUUGGCUUGCUAAGGGUCCUAGUCCUACAGCAAGGAGAUAUCAUGGGUAUUAUGCCAAUGGAUAUAGGUUUCAUACGAAAGCACGUGAUGCACGAUGUAAUACCCAAAACAGCGGCGUUUCAGUUAAGUCUUUAACUCCUAGCUUUGCAAGCUCUAAGGACAAAAAUCCAGUUGUUGGGAAUGUUGAAUACUAUGGGCGAAUCUUAGACAUAAUUGAAAUAAACUAUUGGUCAAAGUUCAGAGUUGUAAUGUUCCAUUGUGAGUGGUACCAAGUUGAGAAAGAUGACUAUGGAUUAACUUGCAUUAAUUUCAAUAAACUUUGUAGUUCAGAUGAUCCUUUUGUCAUGCCUUCUCAAGUACAUCAGGUAUUCUAUGUACCAGACCCAAUAGAAGAUGGUUUACAUUAUGUUGUCAAUAAGAUUCCAAGAGAUCUAUAUGACUUUGAGGAUGAAAAUGAUGAAAAUGUUGGUACAUCAUAUUGGUGUGAACCAAAUGAAGACAAUCUAGGUUUUGUGGAACAAGUUGGUGAGCGUGAUGUUGAAUUGACUAGAGAAGACAUCCCUCCUCUUGUGGUGGAUGCAAAUACAAAUUUAGAUGAGAUGGAUGAGGUUAACAAUGAAAGUGAAGAUUCUGAUUAUGAUGGUACACUAUGGGAUUGGAUGCAAGCAGAUGAAGAUGACGAUAACAAUGUUGAUUUUUUUAAGUUACACAUCUUUUAUUGA